GGAUCUUUGACCACAGAUUUAGAGAGUUCGAUUAAAGAAAACGAAGAGUCUUUAAAAGAAAUAGAAGAACUAUUACUUUUUAGUCCACAAGAUUCUGAAUUAAAGAAUCUUUCUAGAGAACUCAAGGACUUGAUAAAAUUACAACAAGAACAAUUAUUACAAGUAAAAAAGAAUGAACUACUCGCACAUUUUGGCUUAUUCGAAGAACAAAAUAAAACGAUGUUUAUUGAUGAUAUUUUAAAUGUUUAUAAUCACAAUGAUACCCAGGUUCAUUUUGCAGAAUGGGAAAAACAUACGAAAGGCGUUGCUUCUCGGAUUAUGGCAAAAAUGGGAUAUAAAAUGGGCGAAGGUUUAGGAAAAAACAGCGAAGGUAUAACAAGUCCGAUUGAAGUAAAACUCUUUAGUAAGGGAGUUUCAUUAGACUUUAUUGAUAAGGAAGGAAAACCUGACCUGACCGGGCCACAUCGUCGACGCCGACGUCGUCAUAAAUCGGAAGGAUCAAAAACUGUCCAUAAUUCAUCUAAAAGAAUCAAAAACAGAAUUGGAUAUACUUCUUCUAGUGCUAAUAAUAAUAAUUCAGAU